AUGAAUCACCCAACGACUCUCCAGUCUUUGUCUUCUACCGUUGGAUCGAAGGUCACAGAACUUUCAAAUCUUCUCAAGACGGCUGGUCUCCCGGAGCCCUCAUUUGCUGAGAAGAGUUAUGCCGAUUUCGCACUUGAAACGACAGCCUCGACAGAUAAGGCCGUACGCCAGGUUCGAAAUGACCUAAUUGAUGCAGCAAAAGAUAUAAUCCGCCUGGCCAUGGGCCCAGUGGAUCAAGUAUUAUCGUUAGCAUGGUCGGCCUCCGAUACCGCCAACAUUAACAUUAUCAAUACCUUUUCCAUUGCCCAAAAUGUACCUUUUGGCUCAUCUAUCUCGGCCAAAGACCUGUCUGCUGCUACUGGCCUGCCCCUGGACGAGCUCACACGUACUGUCCGUUACGCAAUCACAAAUGGCAUCUUUACCGAGUAUACACCAGGACUUUUUGCACAUAGCGCUGCGUCAGCCGCCCUCGCACGCAACAAGCAUCUGAGGGAUAUCUGUGACUUCAAUACCGAUUUUUUAGCCGCGAUACAGAUCAAGCUUGCUGAGGCUUUGAAAGCGAGAGCACUGGGAGCAAGCGAUGCCCCCCAUGCUGCAUUCAAUGUAGCCUAUAGAACUAAAGACGACCUAUUCGAAUUUUUUCACAAAGAGACCGACUUGAAUGCAAAAUAUCAUGGGUAUCUAGCCGGACGCGUAAAUACACCCCUUUGGUCCGUUGAUCGUCUUCUGACGGCGUGGGAUUGGGGUGCUUUGGGAGACGCUACUGUGGUAGAUUGCGGUGGCUCUUCUGGCCACACUUGCGUCUCACUAGCCCCUAUCUGUCCGCAGACAAAGUUCAUUGUGCAGGAUAUGUCCGUUGAUGCAAUGGACCUUGGGCGUGAGAACGUCACAUUCCUCUCGUCAUCCGAUUCAUCAAGCCCAUACCACGACCUAAAUUCUAGGAUCACGUUCGCUACACACAAUUUCUUCACGGAACAAAAGACGCUCGCAGAUGUUUAUAUUUUUCGACAUAUAUUGCACGACUGGGAUGAUGAAAACAGCGUCAAGAUCAUUAAAGCUCUAGUUCCAGCCCUGGAGAAGAAGUCUGCUGAAAGCAAUGGGCGGCGUCCCCGAGUCCUAAUAAGCGAGGGUAUCGUGCCUCCAGCGCCCGAGAAAAGGAGGGGAACACUAACUGAAAAAAUGAUCAGAAUCGAGGAUUCCAUCAUGCUCGCGGCCCAUAACGCUCGUGAACGUAACGUGCAAGACUUCAUUGAAAUUUUCAAGACCGCUGAUCCCCGCUUCACGUUUAUUGGGGAAAGCUCUGGGGCCAAAGAAGGAGCUUUCCAAUCCCUGCUCGAGUUUGAGUUUGUUUAG